CCUAGUGCCGCCGCCCUGCUGUGGUUCCAGGUAAUUUGCAUAGAAGUUACCCGCUGGAUACUACUAUAAAUUUAGAAAAAAAGUUAUACAUGCGUUUAUCAAAGUAAGUUCAAUGUCUGAAUAUUGAUUAAUUAACCGUAAGUGAUUAAGAAGUGGCGAAAUAAACGGUAAUAUGUGAAUUGCUGAACGCGGUGGGUUCUCCCUUCAUCUCUGGUUCGUGAAAAAAUCUAAAUUCAGUAGAAUAUCGCAAACCCAACGACAAAAAAAAUCUUCACAACGCCUCACCGCAUCAUCGCACCUUGGAGACAGUCACCACGCAUCUCAGAAAAUGCCAAGGCGUCACCACCGCAGACACCACCGGUAUCGGCGUCGUAUGAAUCGAAGGCGUCGGGCAAACGAUCGCGCCUUCCGGACACAUGGGAUGGGGGAUUAUAUCUCCCACUGGAACUGCAUGGUGGGCGUGGUCUUCCUCGGCCUUGUCUGGACGACGAUCGGGAUCGUGCUGAUGGUGGAAGGCCUCAUCAUCUCCGGAGUCGUCAACGUCGUCAUGGGCGGCAUUCUCUUCCUAUGGUUCAGCGUAGUUCUCUUCAUCGCGUACAAGAAAACCGCCACAAGCCUACGCCAGACGGACGGAGGCGGCGAGCAGGCCACAGCUCCUUCCGCGCCCGAGGACCCUUCUGCUCCCGGCUACGUCAACGGAUCCUUCGGCAUGCCAGACGCUCCUCCUCCUUAUAAGGAAGUCGCCGGCGCCCCUCCCCCACCUUAUUCCAUCGCCAUUCCUGAUAUGCAGAAUCAUCAGACUCCUUAUUGCGCAGCCGUUCCUCAAGUACAUACAGCUCAUGACAGGGCUUCUGCUGAAGCUCCAAGUAAUAUAUAUUAUAUUGAUGCAAAUAUUCAAGGCAACAACUAUGUACAUCCUCAAACAAACUGUCAUGACAACAGUUAUGUAGAUCCUUAUGCAAAGAGAUAUAACAAUGGAUAUAUAGAUCCCCAAGCAAACAGUCAUGGCAACAGCUAUGUGGUCCCUCAUACAAACAGCCAUGGCAACAGCUAUGUGGAUCCUCAUACAAACAGGCAUGACAACGGAUAUACAGAUCCUCAAGCAACCAAUCAUGUUAUCAGUUAUGUGGAUCCUAAUACACAUAAUCAUGGGGAUCCUAAUACACAUAGUCAUGGCAACAGCAAUAUGGAUCUUCAUACAAACAGCCAUAGCAUCAGCUAUGUGGAUUCUCAUACCCAUAUUCAUGGUAACAGCUAUGUAGAUCUUCAUACAAAUAGCCAUGGCAUCAGCUAUGUGGAUUCUCAUGCACAUAUUCAUGGUAACAGCCAUAUAGAUCAUUAUGCAAACAGUUAUGGCAACGGAUAUACAGAUCCUCAUGCAAACACUCAUGAUGGUUAUGCUGAGGACCCUCAUCCAAACAUCCAUGGCGGUUGUAAUGUAGAUUCUCAAGUAAAUGGUAUAGAGGUGCCUAGUAACAUUCACAAUGUAACUAAUCAUAUAAGCACCUACAACGGAAAUGCUCAUGCCAGUGCACACCAUGUAGCUGCUCAUGACAAUGCAUUAAAUGUAGGUCCUCAAGUCAGCACUUACAAUGUAGCCAGCAGUCACAACACCCAUUCACAAAAUCAUCAUAACGCGAAUAAUAAAGAGGAGUACAUAGGUAUGGCCAAUAAAGAGUACAAAGGUAUGGCCAGUCACGACAUUGAAGAUAACACUCAUCACGAUCCUGUAAAUCCCGAUGCAACUGAGCCUCAGGACUUUGCAACAUCUGCCAGUGAGUGUUCCCAGCGAUCUCCGAAUCUCGAUGCGCGGAAUUCCCAAGCUUCUGACCAGCAAGAGCAAGGAAAACUGGAUGCUGGUGUCGAAGGGAAGUCUGCGCAGGUUUCUCAGGAGAAAUGGAUAUAAUUUGAUACGCGACGUGUUACUUGAUGGUGAUACAUGCGAAUGAGAAAUCAGGUGUCUUUUAAGUACUAUAAGUGUAUAAUCAGUAUUGUAUUUCACACACGCACGCACAUACACGCGCACGCACAUGUACACACACACACACACACACACACACACACACACACACACACACACACACACACACACACA